GUGAAACAGAAAGCUGAGAACCAUCAUAAAAUAGGCGCCAAGUAAAUUUCAAUGUCUCAGUUUUAUUGAGAUUGCGAGUUAAUCGAGACCUUUGGCAUGCGCGGCUAACUGAAUUACUCUUGACAAGCUUUCAGUACAAGGUUCGGCAUGGAAGAGUAGAGUGCGAUGACCUUUGACUCCACGUGAAUAGCUAAAUUUAUUAAAAAGAAAACGAUACUUUUGCGUUCAUAAGACACAAAAAACUAGUGUAUAAAAUCUAAAAGUUUGCCUUACGCAGGUAUAAAGAUAUAUACCUAUUCGAAAUACAUUUAGGUAUAGGAUAAAUGUAAAUAUGACAGUGUUUUCCAAAUACGUUGGUCGUAUAGCGGAAAAAUAUGACAAAUCUGGAUUGUCAAAGCAGGCUUUCAGUUACGCCCUAGUGGGCACCGCACUGUUUGCAUUAACCAUCAAGGUAACUGUACCAUAUAUACGAAAUGCCCAAUGCAUUAAGCAUAAGAACGCGAAUGCGGGUGCGCUCACACCUUCAGAGAUCGAUGGAUUGCACGAUGACUUGAAGCUGGCUGAGGCCGAGAAACUGCUAGUAGAAAAGCAAUUAAAAAAGCAGCAGAAAAAUAAGCAAAUGCUCGAACCUGGCCUGAACAAGGAGUUUUUGAAGCAACUCAGCAUGCUGGUUAGGAUAAUGAUACCGCAGAAAUUAUGCUAUGAAACGGGUCUACUAACUGUCCAUACUUUGUGUCUCAUCUCUCGGACAUUUCUCAGCAUUUAUGUGGCAGCAUUGGAAGGAGCGAUUGUAAAGUUUAUCGUACGCAAGGACAUCAAGCAGUUUGCACUCGUUUUACUCAAAUGGUUUGGAAUUGCAAUACCAGCUACAUUCAUCAAUUCAAUGAUUCGAUUUCUGGAGAGUAAGCUAUCAUUAGCGUUUCGAACUCGGUUGGUGCGUCAUUCUUAUCGUUUGUACUUUAAGAAUCAGAAUUACUAUCGAGUAUCGAACUUGGACGGCCGCAUCGAAAACGCUGAUCACAGACUUACAGAGGAUAUUGCAGUAUUUUCCAGCUCUGUAGCUCAUUUAUAUAGCAGUUUAACCAAACCUUGCUUCGAUCUGAUGUUGAUUGGCUUGGCUUUAAUGCGCUCCUCCAGAAAGAUGAAAGCAAAUAUUUUAUCAGGGCCCGCGUUAUCAGUAAGUGUUAUUGCGCUUACCGCUCAUAUUUUGCGUAUUGUAUCCCCCAAAUUUGGGCAAUUGGUAUCAGAGGAGGCUAAUCGAUAUGGUUAUCUAAGGCAUAUACAUUCACGCAUCAUAACAAAUGCAGAGGAAAUUGCGUUCUAUAGCGGACAUAAAGUUGAACUACAGCAACUAAGGCAGGCCUACAAUCGCCUUGUUAAUCAAAUGAAUAACAUAUUUAGUCAAAAACUUUGGUUUGUAAUGCUAGAGCAAUUUUUUAUGAAAUACGUGUGGUCCGGAACUGGCAUGGUGAUGGUUUCACUGCCUAUUUUAACGGGAGCAGCUUCAUCCACAUCUAAUAAUAGGACUAUGGAAAUAAAUGAUUCGAGUGUUAGUGAGCGUACCCAAUACCUCACAACGGCUAGAAAUCUGCUUAUAUCGGCAGCCGAUGCUAUAGAACGUUUAAUGUCUUCCUAUAAGGAAAUUGUAGCAUUGGCCGGCUAUACCUAUCGAGUAGCUGGUAUGCUAGACGUUUUUGAAGACACCGCUCAAGGCAUCUACAGCAAAGCCACGAUCGCUGAGAAUGAGGAAAUAAAUGGCAUCAUUGAGUUUCGUGGCGGCAAACCCAUUGCCAAGGGACGUAUUAUAUAUAUCGAUGAUCCCGGCAACAUGUCUAUCAGUCUCCGAGCCGUGCCUGUCGUAACACCAAACUGUGAUAUUGUUGUUCCAAGCUUGACCCUGUGCAUUGAGCCGGGUGUUCAUUUGUUGAUAACUGGUCCAAAUGGCUGCGGCAAGUCCAGCUUGUUUCGCAUUUUAAGUGGUCUUUGGCCAAUCUAUGCCGGCGAGCUGCACAUUCCCCGCCCCAUUAAAAACAAACCCUGUAUGUUCUAUAUACCCCAACGACCAUAUAUGUCCAUUGGCAGCCUAUGUGAUCAGAUAAUAUAUCCAGAUACUCGUGACGAUAUGAAACGCAAGGGUAUUACCGAAAAUGAGCUGAUGAACAUUUUAAAAUUGGUCUCCCUCGAGCAUAUUGCACAACGUAACAGCUUUGAUGUGGUGCGUGAUUGGAAAGACAUUCUCUCCGGAGGUGAAAAGCAACGUAUGGCUGUGGCGCGUCUAUUUUAUCACAAGCCACGUUACGCACUUCUUGAUGAAUGUACCAGUGCGGUUUCCAUUGACGUGGAAAACUCAAUCUAUGAAAUUGCCAAGAGCAUGGGCAUUACGCUACUGACAAUAACUCAUAGACCAACACUAUGGAAAUUCCAUACUCAUAUUCUUGAAUUUGAUGGUCAAGGAAGCUGGAAGUUCAGGCAAAUGAACAGCAAUGAGAACCAAAAAGAAAAGUUCAUUCAUUAAUAUGUAUAUAUAUUGAGUAUUAUUAAGUAAAGAGUGAAUAAAAGCUAAAUAUAUAUGUU